GCCAUCACUUCCUCUCCAGCUUCCCUCCCCGCUGCCUCCACAUGACACCGAGCAGUGCGCCGUGAUAGCAGUAGAGAGGACACCUCAGCGCCAGCCUUCUCCUCACCGUCUGCUCUGGGCUCACCCCCGGUCCUCCAUCCACCUUGUAGCUGCAGCCCUGCACACAGCCGCCAUGCCUAAUAUCGUGCUGUUCAGCGGCAGCUCUCACCAGGACCUCUCCCAGAAAGUGGCAGACCGCCUGGGGCUGGAGCUGGGCAAGGUGGUCACCAAGAAGUUCAGCAACCAGGAGACCAGUGUAGAGAUCGGUGAGAGCGUAAGAGGGGAAGAUGUGUAUAUCGUACAGAGUGGCUGCGGUGAGAUCAACGACAACCUAAUGGAACUACUGAUCAUGAUAAACGCCUGCAAGAUUGCAUCUUCAUCCCGAGUUACAGCUGUCAUUCCAUGUUUUCCAUAUGCUCGACAAGACAAAAAAGACAAGAGCCGUGCCCCAAUAUCUGCGAAGCUGGUGGCAAACAUGCUUUCUGUUGCUGGAGCUGAUCACAUUAUCACCAUGGAUCUCCAUGCCUCUCAGAUACAGGGUUUCUUUGACAUACCUGUAGACAAUCUGUAUGCUGAACCUGCAGUACUCCAGUGGAUUAAGGAGAACAUUCCUGAAUGGAAGAACAGUAUCAUUGUGUCUCCUGAUGCUGGCGGUGCCAAGAGAGUGACUUCGAUUGCGGACCGACUUAAUGUUGAAUUUGCACUAAUCCAUAAAGAACGGAAGAAAGCCAAUGAGGUCGACAGAAUGGUGUUGGUUGGAGAUGUAAAAGACCGCAUUGCUAUUCUCGUGGACGAUAUGGCUGACACAUGUGGCACUGUAUGCCAUGCUGCCGACAAGUUACUCUCUGCUGGCGCCAUAAAAGUUUAUGCAAUUUUAACACAUGGUAUUUUUUCUGGACCUGCAAUUUCACGGAUCAAUAAUGCAGCGUUUGAAGCUGUAGUCGUAACUAACACAAUCCCACAAGAAGAUAAAAUGAAGCACUGCUCAAAGAUCCAGGUCAUCGACAUAUCCAUGAUUUUAGCGGAGGCGAUUAGGAGGACGCAUAACGGUGAAUCUGUGUCAUACCUCUUCAGCCAUGUCCCAUUAUAAAAGAUGUAUUUCUUGCAUGCAACAAUCUUCAUUUUUUUUUUUUUUUUUUACGCAGAUUUAACCAAAAGCCAGACAAUAAAAUGCCUGUUAGCAUUUCAAAGAAACUGUACCUUUCCCCCAUCCUUAGAAGUGUGCGGAUUAGACAAUAGUAUUUUGAAUGCUUUCUCCCUAUGGCAGUGUGGAAGGCAAUCCUCGGGUUCAAACUGGUCAUACCUUUUCUGAUUUAUAUUUAAUAAAACCUUUUGUGGAUGUUUUUGGGUACAUUUUAUGGCUGUGUACUUGCACAAGAUGAUUUUCCAGUGAAUAUUGCCGGCUAGUUUUGACACUUUGAAUGUUACCUUUUCCAGUGAAAAGUUUUGGGGAUUUAGGGUUAUCUGGGAACAGUAAGGGUAUAUUAUACUUUAUGCAGUUAUUAGCAGAUAUCUAGUAACUAGAUUGUCUUUACAAGACUGGGGUAGUUUUAUAGUCUAGUACUACUGUUAAACUUUAAGUGCUAAAUUCAUACUAAUAAAAAUCAGCUUGUGGAGUAAGUAGGAGAGAUUAUUUAAGAUGGCGUUUUAAUUACCUGCAUUUCAAAUCGCUUUCAUGGGAAACUGUUUGGGGCUCCACUGCAAAAUAUGGUCUUAUAUACAGGUUUAAUAUCCCCCUACGUGGAAAGAAGUUGCGCGAAACCUUGUUAACAUCAUAGAAAAUGUGACCAUAUUGGCUUAAAAAUCUAGGCAUAUUUCUUGGUGUAAAGCUGAGGUACACAACCUGCAGCCCUGAGACUUUGUAUAUGGUCCCAAAUGAUCUCUGGCUCCCCCAUAUUUAGGACUUUUGUUCAGAACGCUAGAAAGUAAGUGGUGAGGUGGCUAGGUCGGAGUGCAGCUCUCUUCACUGUAGUUUAUAAGAGUUGCCAAAAGCUUGGAUGUUCCAUAAACUACAAUGAAAAUGGCUGCGCUUGUCGUAACCACUUCAAUGACUCCUCUGUAGAGUUCCAAACGGAGAAGCCCUUUCACCCAAAAAUGUGAAGUCCCAGAAGUUGGCCACUUCUGCCAGAAAUCUUUGGCCUUGUUGAUAUGCUAUAAAUGUCUUGGAGGAAUACAGUUAUCGUUUAAUGCUGCCCUUGGGAAUAGUAAAAUCUUAGUGUGGGCCUCGGACAAGAGAAGGUUGUGCAGCAGUGGCGUAAAGGCUCUUACAUUUGGCUACUUAUUAGAAAUAUUCUGAUAUUCUUCUAUGGGUAAUCUAUGUCCCUGAGAUCCUCAGUUGCUAGAACUACUACUCUUAGGAGCUCUGUGGUAAUCCUUAAAAGGAGGAAAGAGUCUCUCACCAUGAAAUUGACUGAUACGGCAAGCACAAUGCCUUGUAGGGUUAAUUCAGCUGAAUGUAAUGAUACCUUUUAGUGAUCCAUUGCGUAAUUCUGAACAAAAAAUACUUUUCAUUCAUAUGCAAAUGAGCAGGUAAGUGCACCAAGGGUGGGCCCAAGCCACUCUGUGCACCCUUGCUCCUACUGUUUCCUGUGCUAGACUCUCCCUCUCCUUGAUUGACAGGGCCAAGUAAGAGGGCCUAUGCAAGAACCUGGUGCUGCUUAUCGAGGAGAAUGAGGGACUGGCAGAAAAAGCAGGGGUGCACAAAAUUGCUUGGGCCUGCCCUUAGUGCACUUAACUACACUCUCUUGCAUGUGGAUUAAAUGUACUUUUUUUUUCUCCAGAAUGAAGCAGUGGAUAGCUAAGUGAAAGUUACCAUUACUUCUGCUGAAUUAGCUCCAGAAGGUACUGAAUUUCUUGAUGACAGAGUCCUUUUUUAAUAUGCUGAAGUGCAGGAUCAGAAGUAAGUUUGACCUUCGAUUGUAAUGGUAGGUCAGUUUGAACACUCUAGCAUUUUAGUCUACAUCUUCUCAACUAUGCCGGUAAGAAAAAGCAAUAGAAAUCUCUGCCCUUGUCUGCCCUCCCCUUCAAGAAGAAGUUUGACUGAAUGACUGAAUACGGUGGUGGAGGGGGUAGAACUGCCAUUGCACACAAACCCUUAGGCCCCUUGCAGACUAGCGUUCCUCCCACAGCGAGUUCACAACGCAGCUUUCGGCCUGACCUCCCGGCACUGCCGGGGGUCACAUAGCAUUAUAUUUAUUUAUGAUGCUAUGUAACAACCCUUACAGUUCUGAAAUGUAUUGGAUAAUACUGGCAUAAUGCUGCCAGAACUGUAAGGGUUACAUAGCAUCAUAAAGCAAUAUAAUGCUAUGUGAAUCCCGUCAGUGCUGGGAGGUCAGGCCGGGUGCUGCGAUGCAGACUCGCUGCGGGAGGAACGCUCGUCUGCAAGGGGCCUUAGGUGUAUUAUAACAUGGAUAAGUGUAAGUUAAACUCCCUCUCUUUCAAUUUCUUUCUUUUUCUUUCUUAGUGGAAAUGGCCUUUUAAGUUUUAACAAAGCUGAUGUACACCUUCCUCCUAUUACACCUUUUUGUCAAUGCUGUUAUGAUUUUUAUAUUUAAUAUCUUCUGUUCACAAGCUGAACUAUUGAAAAUGGGAUGCCCAGCUGUUUGAUGCAAUAUAUACCGAUUUUCACUAAACGGCAGUAAAGGUUCCCGCAAAUAUCACCAAAAAUAUGCACAAUGACCAAAUGGGCAAAAUGGUCCUCUCUACCGCCAACAAACUAUUAGAAAUCGGACCUGUUCCUUGUUUGGUGUGAAAUAUUGCAGGCAAUAUCAGAACAGGGUUGCCAUGUGUCUGGUGUAGAUCGUUAAUGUUUGCUGCAUGGUUACCAUAUAUUGUCGAAAUACAUACACCUAAAAUGUUUUCCUUAUUGACCCUUCUGCUGCUGAUUUUGCUUAUUUAAGAAAAAGCUAUAUUUUCCUCAAAUGAGUUGCAUUUGUACAUGAAAGUUACAAUUUGACUAUAAUGCUGUGUAUUGACAAUGCAUCUGACAUGUCAUGGCAGAAUCCUUCUGAAGGUGAGCUGUAAUCUUUUCAUUGCUCAUAAGACUGAAUAUGUAUUGUAUCAAAGCAGAAUUAAGUCAGAGCUGCACCGUGCAUUACUUCUUGUUCUCUUAAUGUUUGUGGGUUUAUUUUUAUUUUUUCCAUCUGAGUCUAUUUUGCAAUUCAGUUCAGAAUAAUAUUUUUGCUUAAAUAUCAAUAAAUUGUACCUUGUAUGUUGA